AUGUCAUCAUCAUCAGUAUCUGAUGGAAUUCUCAGCUUUGCAACACAAUACUCGAUUUAUACUGGUUGUAUUACAUUUAGUUUUGGAGUUAUUGUUGGUUUUCUUCCUAUUGUAAUUGCAUCAUCAUUUAGUGUCUUAGCUUAUCGUAAUGUUCGACGUAUAGUUCGACGACAAUUACCCAUUGUUCGUCGUAAACUAGACAAACAAAUAACAGCAAUGGUUCUUAUACGUGUAAUAGCCUAUGUUUGUUUGGUAUCACCUUAUAAUAUCUAUCGUAUCUAUGCCGUUAAUUUUCCUACAUCACGAAGUGUGCCUAUGGUAUAUGCAGUUGGUCGAUUGCUUCAAACAAUUCUUCUGUCUAUCAACAAUAUAAAUUUUGUUAUCAACUUUCAUAUAUUCGUAAUAUUCUCAUCACGUUUUCGUCGGCAAGUAAAAUUUGUUCUAGUAAAAAAAUGUUGGCAACGAUGGAGAUAUUGGUGCUGUCCCAUAAAUAAUCGAAUUGAACCUGACAACAAUAUUGAAGCACGCAAUUCACAAAUGGAAUCUGAUGAAAAUCUCUAA